AUGGAUGAACUAUCAGAGUCAGAUAAAUUAAUUGUUACUAGAGCAAGAAAAAUACAACGGUUUUUAUCGCAACCUUUCCAUGUUGCUGAAGUGUUUACUGGAGUACCUGGUAAAUUUGUCAGUUUAUCUGAUACUAUUGAUGGAUUCCAAAGCAUAAUGUCUGGUCAGUAUGAUUAUUUACUGGAAGCAGCUUUUUACAUGGUAGGCAGCAUUGAUGAAGCAGUGGAAAAAGGUAAGACGCUUAAAGCAAAAGUAGCAUAA